CGGAGAAGGGGGGAGGCUGCCGCCAUCUUGGAUGCCGCGGAGCCCGAGAGAGGGGGGAGCGAGAGUGAGAGAGAGAGAGGGAAAAAGAGAGAGAGAGCCAAAGAGGCCCGGAGUCGCCGGAACCUGGCUGGAAAGACAGCAAGCGCCCAGGGGCCACUAGCAUUGACGCUCUAUAAAGUAUGAAGAGAGCCCCUCUAUAGUAAAGGAAACAUGGCAGAUAAGAGGAAGCUACAAGGUGAGAUUGAUCGGUGUUUGAAAAAGGUGGCAGAAGGUGUGGAGCAGUUUGAAGAUAUCUGGCAGAAGCUCCACAAUGCAGCUAAUGCAAACCAGAAGGAGAAAUAUGAAGCCGAUCUGAAAAAGGAGAUUAAAAAACUCCAGAGACUGAGGGACCAGAUCAAGACAUGGGUUGCAUCCAAUGAGAUCAAAGACAAAAGGCAGCUAAUAGACAACAGGAAACUCAUUGAGACGCAAAUGGAGAGGUUCAAGGUAGUCGAGCGUGAGACCAAGACGAAAGCCUACUCCAAGGAAGGGCUGGGCUUGGCGCAGAAAGUAGACCCAGCUCAGAAGGAAAAGGAGGACGUUGGGCAGUGGUUGACGAAUACAAUAGAUACCUUGAACAUGCAAGUGGAUCAGUUUGAGAGUGAAGUGGAGUCUCUUUCUGUCCAGACACGUAAGAAGAAAGGAGAUAAGGAUCAGAAGCAAGACCGGAUAGAAGGGCUGAAGCGGCACAUUGAGAAGCACCGGUACCACAUUCGGAUGCUGGAGACGAUUUUGCGCAUGCUGGACAAUGACUCCAUUAAUGUGGACUCCAUCCGAAAGAUCAAGGAUGAUGUGGAGUACUAUGUAGACUCCUCACAGGACCCCGACUUUGAAGAAAAUGAGUUCCUUUAUGAUGACCUCGACUUAGAAGACAUUCCACAGGCCCUGGUAGCCACUUCCCCACCCAGCCACAGCCACAUGGAGGAUGAGAUGUUCAAUCAGUCCAGCAGUACACCCACAUCCACCACGUCCAGCUCCCCAAUCCCACCCAGUCCUGCAAAUUGUACGACGGAGAACUCUGAAGAUGAUAAGAAACGAGGACGGUCAACGGACAGUGAAGUAAGUCAGUCCCCGGCGAAGAACGGUUCAAAAAGCCUCCACAACAACCACCAUCAGCCACCUCCCCCGAUCCCUCCUAGCUACCCGAUGGGCAGCAGCUCCAGCACCUCAUCUUCCUUGGGGAAUGGGCCUGGCUCCAACAGCAACGGGGCUGUGGCUGGCAGCGGGAAUGCAACCAGCAAAGCUAACCCUCCGGCAGGGCACGCACCCACCACCCCGACCCCUUACGCCCAGGCUGUGGCACCCCCGCCCACCAGCACCAACGCCUCCCAGCCCCGGCCUUCCAGCACCCAGCAAAACGCCAGCAAGCAGAACGGGGCAACCAGUUACAGCUCCGUAGUAGCUGACAGCAGUUCAGAUUCGACACUAAGCAGCAGCAGCCAGUCGUUGCCGAACCAGACAGUGUCGCACAACCCGCCCAGCGCUUCCACGAAGGAGCCCAGCGCAGCUCCUCAGCCACCAAAUAGUGGCAACAGCACUGGAUCCAGCCUCCUGGUGCCUCUGACUGCCAACCCGCCUGCCUCACCCACACCCAGUUUUUCUGACAGCAAGCCUGCCCAGACCCUGCUCAACGGGCCUCCCCAGUUCAGCUCCACGCCUGAAAUUAAGGCACCUGAGCCUCUAAGUACGUUGAAAUCUAUGGCUGAGAGGGCAGCUAUCAGCUCUAGUAUAGAAGACCCUGUGCCAUCGCUUCACCUUGCCGAAAGGGAUCUUUGGUCAGAAAUCACGCUUCCUGCAGGACCACUUUGGAGGACAGCUGAUAUCUUAAUCACGAGCACGACCUCCCAGCCAGCCUCCAACCAGCCCCCCAUCCAGCUAUCUGAGGUGAACAUUCCCCUCUCGCUUGGGGUGUGCCCUCUGGGGCCUGUGCCUCUCACCAAGGAGCAGCUCUACCAACAGGCCAUGGAGGAGGCCGCCUGGCACCACAUGCCUCAUCCCUCUGACUCAGAAAGAAUCCGGCAAUACCUUCCUCGGAAUCCUUGCCCAACCCCUCCGUACCACCACCAGAUGCCUCCCCCACACUCCGACACCGUGGAGUUCUACCAGCGCCUCUCCACAGAGACCCUUUUCUUCAUUUUCUACUAUUUGGAGGGCACGAAGGCACAGUACCUGGCAGCAAAGGCACUGAAGAAGCAGUCAUGGCGCUUCCAUACAAAGUACAUGAUGUGGUUCCAGCGGCACGAAGAACCCAAGACGAUCACAGAUGAAUUUGAGCAGGGCACUUACAUCUACUUCGACUAUGAGAAAUGGGGCCAGCGCAAAAAGGAAGGUUUCACCUUUGAAUACCGCUACCUGGAAGACCGGGACCUGCAGUGAUGCCCUGGGGCCAGCAGGAGGUGCCAAGCCUUUCUUCCAGAGACAGCUGCGGUGCGGCGAGACUCCAUCUUCCCGCCUCCCGCACAUCACGAUCCUGGGGGGACGGGGGCCAGCCGCACGUUUAAAAAAUGCAUGCAAGUUUUAAAAGUGACCGCGGGACGGAGGAGGGGCAGCGGCAGCGGGGUUCUCCUCUGCCUUUAUUUCCCAUGUUCUCUUCUGCCUGCAAGGUGUAUGAAGAGGUCAGGAAAAAAGUGGGGAAAUGCUCUUCAUGUGCAUCACAUUUGGGUGCGAAAGUGGAGAUUAAAAAAAAAAAUUUUUUUUUGAGAAUCUCACCGAAGAAGUGACUUUCCCCAAAUCUCCAUUUUUGUGUGUGUCCUGAAUCAGAGAAUUUGAAUCCCAUUCCCAUUGCAGUGAACUCAACCCCACCCCAUCCAGUUUGCUUUUUUCCACUUUUAGGCAUAGACCUCACACCUUAUUUGGCUACCAUAAUGUGCCCUAGUGAUAUUAAGGCAUAGAGCCCCAUAACAACUUCUGGUGUUGGGAACAUCUCAUGGUGAGUUUACUCCAAACUGAGCCCAUUUGUUAUGGCUGAAAAUGACAAAAAUGCAAAUAACAAAUUGGUUAUAAAUUGUAGAAGCUAGCCUGAAAGGAGAGCCCUGCAACAAAUAUUUUUGAUGGACAGGCAAAGUCUGUUGCCAGUAGAAGAACUGCGAUAACGUUCACUUCCUUUUGUUAAGGGGUAUUCUUGGGGAGUAUGAAAUGUCCACCAUCCCCUCAUAUCUCCUGAUUUAGAAGAGUCCUGAAAUUUCUUUUCCCGACUGAACUUGGAUUUAGCCAAGUCUACUCUCCCACAAGCUGCUGCUUCUCUUUCUUUUUCCCCCUUUCCAAAAAACGUUGUCAUCGCCCCGAAUUUGGUAUGAGCUCGUAUGUAUUCUGCUGCUCCUCCCACAGAGAGCCCUCCCCCUUGAUGACUUGCAAUUUAUUCCAAAUUGGAGGGGAAAGAUUUGGGGAAACCCAGGGGGAGGUGGGAAGAUUGCUACGUUCCUCCCAUCUCCUUAACCAUCCCCCUGAACUGGAGCACCCUGCCCACGCCGCUGUUAAGAUAUUUUUUCGUAAGCCUAUUUUCGUUUUGGAAAAUAUUUAUGAAUAAAUAGUUUUAUAUGA